UUAAGUUGUCUUAAAGCAACAUAAUCCGUGUCUUUCUCGCAGUCGACACGACAGGGAUUGGACCAAUCUCCGAUGUUCCUCUGACUUUCAAACUAAAAUACGAUUGAUUAUAUAGCUUUAUCAAAACAAAACCCGAUGGAGGAUGUUUCCAUCAAACCUUCCGGUUACAAAGAGUACGUUGUAGGCUUGCUCGCCGGUGUUGCCACCGUCAUCGUCGGCCAUCCUUUUGAUACUGUCAAGGUGAAGUUGCAGAAACACAAUGCUGACGUUGAAGGGAUUAAAUACAGGAAUGGCUUGCACUGUACUGUUCGGAUACUUGCAACUGAAGGGAGAGGGCUUUAUAAAGGGGCUACAUCAUCUUUUAUUGGAGUGGCUUUUGAAAGCUCGCUUGUUUUUGGCGUUUAUUCACACACAAAAAAGUUACUGCAGGGAGAAGUUCAGAGUAGUGGGCCGCAGCCCCAAGUAAUAAUUCCUUCAGCUGCUUUUGGUGGAGCUAUUAUCAGUUUUGUGCUAUGUCCCUCGGAGCUGGUGAAGUGUAGGAUGCAAGUUCAAGGCGCUGACUCGGUUCCGAAGUUGGGUAGCUACAGUAGCUCUCUUGAUUGUGCAGUUAAAACCAUAAAAAGUGACGGGGUUACAGGCAUGUUUCGUGGGGGCUCUACGACAUUAUUGAGAGAAUCUGUUGGAAAUGCAGUCUUUUUUAGUGUAUACGAAUACGUUCGUUAUUAUAUGCACUUACAGCUAAACAUGGAUUCUUCUGAUCCUCACAACUUGACUGAUAUAGGAAUUGGAAUUCUAACUGGUGGUCUAGGUGGUGUUGCUUUCUGGUCAGCUGUUUUACCUUUGGUGGCAAAGACUGUUAUCCAGACUGCACCAGAUACAAGCUAUCAAAGAAAUCCUUUUCAAGUUUUAAAUUCGAUUUACGGGAGGGCCGGAGUUAGAGGAUGCUAUGCCGGUUUGGGUCCUACAAUAGUAAGAGCAUUUCCUGCUAAUGCAGCUGCAAUUGUCACUUGGGAGCUAGCCAUGAAGCUCCUCGGAAUCAAGAACGAGUAAGGAAGCCACUUCAUUCAUCUAAUUUCAAGAGGAUUCUAAUUUUAACUCAUCAUCGAUAUGAUCUCAAAGCUUGAAUUUUGGAAGAAAUGGUGCAAAGUUUGAGCUGUGUUACCUUAUCGAAUUCUUUUUGAUGUCUUUCUAUUAGCAAUCCUGGAAAGAAUUUCAUAUAUCAUUAAUUCAAACCAAGGAACAAAUGGUUAAACCUUAAAA